AUGCCGCCCAAAAAAGGCAACUUCAAGCGCAGCUUCAGCGCGCCGCGCCUCGCGCUCACUAAAGACGUUCUCCCCCCCCCCGACGGCGCGCCUCCGCCCUCCGCCAUGGACGUCGACGGCGGCGGAAUCGGGUCCGCGGCGCUUGCGCCGGGCGGAAGGACACCGCAGACUGGCGCACUGCGCGACCCCAGCCUUCCCCCUUCCCCCGCCCCCCAAUGGGGUGUGCCCCUCUCCCCCGCACCGCUUCCGCUUCCGCCCUCCGCGGAACACCUUGCGCCGUUCGGGUUCGCCCUGCAGCCGUCCCCUGCGGCGUCCCCCGCGGCGGCGGCUAUGGCUGCGCCGCCUGUGGCUCCGUCUCCGCCGCUGCCUGCGGCGAUAAUGUCGCCGCGACUGCUGCCAGAGGGGUUGGGAUGGGUGGAUCGACUCUCGAACAUCGCGCACCGCAAGGUCAGCGCUUUAUCCGCCGCUAAACCUGCCGCGGGCGCGCACGCUGCCGUCGGCAGCCCCGCGGGUGGCGGAGCUGGCGGGGCUGGCGGGGCCGGAAUGGCGGGGAGGGGCGCAAGCAGCAGGGGCGCGGGGGAGACUGGCGGAGCGGGGGAGCGGGUGAGCUGCGCGCCGAGCGAGUCAAACACGUACUUUACGGAAUCGGCGCGCAGCGGCACCCCUAGCAUGAGCGCCGCGCCCAGCGUCACCUUGGGAAUGCCGAGCCAGAUGCAAGCGAGCCCGUCCGCCGUGAGCCACGUUAUCGGGAACGCCAAUAACGCGGAUGGCGCAACUCGCGGGAGAAUCCAGGCGUAUGGGGCUCGGAACGUGUCUGGCAUGGUUGGGGGGGUGAGUGAGGUAGGGGGAAUGGCGAUGGAUGGGGGAGGCCAGGGAGGAGUGGACGUGGGUGGAGGGGUGUCGUCUCCUUAUCGAGGAGGGAAUGCGCUGGGACAGCCAAGGGGAUUUGGUGGUAACCCGCUGACGCAAGGUUCGCAGCAGCAGCAGCAUCACCAGCAGCAGACACAGCAGAUGCAGCAGCAGCAGCAGCAGCAGCAGCAGCAGCAGGUGCAGCAGCAGCCGCAGCAGCAGCAGCAGCAGGUGCAGCAGCAGCCGCAGCAGCAGCUGCAGCAGGCGCCGCAGCAGGCGUAUGGGUCACCCACCAUGGUUCCCCAGCAGCAACAGCCGCAUCACGGCGGCGCGUCACCAUCGCCACCGUCGCCAAUGCAGCUGCCACCCCAGCAGCAGCAGGUUCAGCACCAGGUGCAGCAGCAGCUGCCGCAGCAGUACCCGCCUUCCCCUUUGAGCAGGCAGCAUUGCACUGUGCCAAGCUCUCCCGUGAAUGCGAUGCUGCAGCCAGGGCAGCAGCCGCAGAAGCAGCAGCAGCCGCAGCAGCCGCAGCCGCAGCAGCAGCAGCAGCAGCAGCAGCAGCCGCAGCAGCAGCAGCAGCAGCAGCAGCAGCAGCAGCAGCAGCAGCAGCCGCAGCAGCAGCAGCAGCAGCAGCAGCAGCCGCAACAGCAGCAGCAGCAGCAGCAGCAGCAGCAGCAACAGCAUUUGCAAUUGACGGGUCCGCCCCAGCAGUUGGCACAGCAGCAGCUGCAGAACACGCCUAUUAUGCAGAGCCAUCAAUUUCCGAAUCAGUACCAGCAGCAGCAGCAGCAGCCGCAGUACCAGCAGCGUCAGCAGCAGGAGCAGCAGCAGCAGCAUUACCAGCAACAGCAGCAGCAGCAGUACCAGCAGCAGUACCAGCAGCAGCAGCAGCAGCAGCAGCAGCAGCAGCAGCAGCAGCAGCAGCAGCAGCAGCAGCAGCAGCAGCAGCAGCAGCAGCAGCAGCAGCAGCAGCAGCAGCAGCAGCAGCAGCAGCAGCAGCAGCAGCAGCAGCAGCAGCAGCAGCAGCAGCAGCAGCAGCAGCAGCAGCAGCAGCAGCAGCAGCAGCAGCAGCAGCAGUAUCAUCAGCAGCAGCAACAGCAGUACCAGCAGCAACAGCAGCAGCAGCAGCAGCAGCAGCCGCAGCUGCAGCAACAACAACAACAGCAGCAGCAACAGUUCCAGCAGCAAGAGCGACCGCCAAUGCCUCCUCCUGCUACCUCCGCUCCUCCACGUUCCCACUCACUGUCUCUUGUCAACCCUCCCUCCCACCUCGCGUCUCUUCACAAAUCCGAGUCCGUGUGCGACAGCUCUUACACCUACACCAUGCAACCCCCUCUUUCCCAGCAUCAGCAAACCCAGCCACACGGGGAGCCCUUCGUUUCCUCUGCCCCUGCCCCUGCUGCUGGUGUUGCUCCCCUUGGUGGCGGGGGUAGUUUUGCCCUUGGGUCGCUCCCUCUCUCCUCUGCUCGCGGCGCUACAGCUGGUCCCGUUACAAGCAACGAUCUCCCUCGCUGCGGCAGCACUUCUGUCGCGCCCUUGUCCACUCCCACUCGGCCUCCUCUGCCUCCUCCUGUUGCUGCUGCUGCUCCUCCCGCUCCUCUUCCUCCUCCUCCUGCCGCUACUGCUUCUGCUGAUGACUCCCCGUGCGCACCUGCUGCUGGAGGGGCUAAGGCAAAUUGGCCGGGGGAUGAACCACAGGGGCCAGUACAGGGUCAACUGCAGGGGCAAGGGCAGAGGCAAUCGCAGGGUCAAGGGCAGCAGCAGCCUUCGACCCAGAAUGCUGCUGUUGUGAAUCUCGAGAGUGCGAUCAAUACUCCCCCCGCCGCUACCCCUCCCUCCCAUCCCCGCCCGCCGCACUUCCACCUCUCCCCCGCGCCUCUCCCGCAUGCUGACGUGGAUUACAUGAUGGGCGGGGGUGCGGAGAUGGUGGGUGCCACGUGGACAGACGCAGGGCUUGCUACAGUGCACGAUCUGGAGCUACAGGAGUUAGAAGUGCUGGAAUGGCUGCCGGACAAUGAUGGCGGAAUGGGCGGCAGCAUGGGCGGCAUGGACGGCAUCGACGGCAUGGGCGGCGCGGGCGGCAUGGGCGGGGAAGAGGAUUUCUUUUCGCCCUUGCAUGUCUCUGGUGGGGCAAUGGGUAUGGGCGGGAUGGGGGACGUGAGGGGAAUGGGCGGAAUGGGCGGAAUGGGCGGGGUGGGUGGAAUGGGCGGGAUGGGGGGGAUGGGCGGGAUGGGGGGAAUGGGUGGAGCAGGGGAUGCAGGAGCAGGUGGGGAGGGUGGGGGGCAAGGUGCUAUGGCUGUGGAUGGUGCGAAGUGGGGAGAACAGGGGGAGCCUGCGUAUGGGUACCCGCCUGGUGGGGAUGCAGGAGAAGGGGUGAAGGGAGAAGAUGGGGAAAGAAUCGGAACGAGUAGUGAGGCACAGUGGGGUGCACGUGGGGAUGGGGUUAGGAGACGGGAUGGGAAUAAGGAUGGGGAUGGGAAUGGGGAUGGGGAUGGGGAUGCGCUUGUGUGUGGAGGAGGGAUGGGUGGAGACGGUGAGGAGGAAGGGGGAGGUAUGGGUGAUACGGUGGUGGUGUGCCGAUCGGGGAGCAUGCUUCUGAGUGCUCCCAACACAACCCCCCGGGGGGGUGGCGUGUGGCCGGUGCGUCUUGAGUGGACCCCAGAGUCAGCAGCGCUGGCUGUGGUGUGUGGAGUGCUGUAG